AUGGUAACCGAUCAAAAUCAUUUAUCUGAUAGUGCGUCCAUUGAGCAGAAAGUUAUCAGGUAUACAGAGAAAUUAGCCCAGUCAUUAGGACUGGAUGAGCAGAAUACAAGAGCAUAUAAAGCACUCUCUGGACAGAUUUGGGCGUUAGAAAAAAGACUGGAAGAUUAUCAUAUCAAAUAUGUAAAGCUUAAAAGAAAGGUCAAUUUAUUGGAAGAUGAAUUGGAGGAUGAAUUGGAGGAUGAAUUGGAUGAUCUGGACGAAUGUGUAGAUAGGGGAGCUGUAGUCGACAUAAUAAUACAUGAAAUAGUUCCCUCGCUUAUUGGUAAAAAAGGGUCGAGAGGUGCUGUGCAUAGAGGGAGUUCCUCUUAUUCAUCUGAAUCUUUUGAAGGAUCUGAUUCGGUUAAGACAAUUGUGAUAAAAGAAAACAAGGCUAUCCCUCAUAAGCAACAAAGAAGGGCACGACCGAGAAAGAUUGGCAUGAGAGCUAGAGUUUGUGCAAAAGAUGAUUAUUCUUCUAAGUCAGCCAGUCUGGAGCAGUGA